AUGGCAACGGACCAGGCACCCUGUACACCUCGCCGCGAUGAGAAGAAGAGUUUGCAGAACCCGCGGUCUCCUUUGUUGUUCAUUCCCUCGCCAUCCAGGGCUCGUGUGACUCCACCUGUCACACCCGAAGUACCUACGGCUCCAAAGGGAUUGAAGCUGUCACAGCUCAACGCCAAUGCUCCGGUGUUCAUCCCCUCGUCCUUUGUGAGUUCACUUGCCCAAGUCCCGACUGCCUUGCGCCUUCGUGAGAGCAGACAUGACGUUUCAGAGCCACUUCCUGUGGUUUCAGUGCGGAAGAUGGCUGCCAAAGGGUGUGCCAUUGUGCUUUUGCGUGACGAGAAGGUCAUGGAAUUGGCCCUUCGCAUGGCGGUUGCAGUGGUCGAUGGAGUUUGUGUCGAGCUGCGCCGGCAUAGCAGGCGGUCGAAAAGGGAUGAGGGAGAUGAGUUGGGUAUUUUCGUCGCGUGGGGCCAUCGUGUCGAACGGCGAGCCACUGUGAGUGAAGAAGGCCUGGAGGCCUAUUUCAAUGGUCUUGCCAAAGUGAGCUAUCCGGCGGCACUGGAUGUUCAGCCUCCUUUUCAGGAGACUUUGUUGAUGUUUCCCUUGUCCUCAUCGCAGUCUUUGGAUUUGAAGCGCCCGGAGCUCGCGUCAGCGACGCAUGAUCUACUACUCCAAGGCCCUCAUGGACGCCCAGACCUGGUGCAGAUGCUUUGGGAUGCUAAGGCCCAACUGGAUGAGCUUUGGAACAAGCCUCCUCCGCCGAAAGCGAGGUCAGUGAUGCAACGGGUGGCACGCGAUCAGCUUUUCCCUCACUCCAAGGAGGAGCAGAAAGAGCGAAGCGGCAAGUCCUAUGAGAAUCGCGCCGGUGAGAAGCUGGAAGAAUUGGCUCAAGCUGUUGGUUUGUUGAAGGACAUCCCCAGAAAUGCCCGCUUCUUGGAUCUUUGUGGAGGACCUGGUGCUUGGUCCCAGUACUUAUUGGCCCUGGGAUUUCAGGGCUUUGGCUUUACUUUACGGAGCGGGGUCGGACAUGAUGGUGAUUGGCAGGCUGAAGAGAAAGAUGAUUGGUAUCCUGAGCUCUUGCGACAUCCCAAGUGGUCUGCUCUUUGGGGAGCUGAUGGAACUGGCGACCUUCUGAAGCCAGAGAACCUGCGAAAUGCCUCGCGAUCGAUUGAAAGGACUGGGGGUGUUUCGAUUUGUGUGGCUGAUGGUGGCUUCAGUGACAAAGCGAUACCCGCCAACCUUCUGGAGCUCUACUUCUAUCGCCUUUUCCUUGCAGAGAUACUGACCGCCGCCAACUGUUUGCUUCCAGGAGGACGUUUUGUGUGCAAGCUCUAUACCACUUUCUCCGCUGCCACUUCGUCACUUCUCUUCUUGGUCACUCGACUCUUCGCAGAUGUGCGGAUCGUGAAACCGAUGACUUCACGAGUGGCCGGACCUGAACGCUACCUUUAUGCCAGUGGCUUUCGGAGUUCCAAUGAAGUGAAGGCCAUCCGUCAAGCCCUCUGGUCUUGUCACUCUUAUGCCGAUGGUCAGAGCCCUUUGCAGCUUCCGUUGUUGACUCCCUUGGUGAACUUGACUGAUGGCGCCGAUGCCAAGUUCCUCUCGCAAUUGCAGGAGAUGGUGUCAACCUUGUCCAUCCGCCAGUCGACCGCCUUGCGCUCCAUCCGACACCGCGCGGAGGACUUGGAGCGCAUGGCUUUGGACGUGGCCCGUCAGAGCGAGCAAGCGGAGCAGAAGUCGAAGAGGAGAGGAGACGAAGAGGAGAGUCACUUCACAGAGGCCAUGACGUAUUGCAAGCACCGGCGACAGACGAGCAUGACGAGCAUGGCGAGCGCCGAAUUCAACUGCUACCAGUAG